GAUAGUCGAUAGUCUACCUUCCUUCGGAGGUUAUGCACCGUGAUGGUUUGGCGUUCGGGCGUCGCGGUUUGGGAGUCGAGUUGUCGGUUACGUCAUUUUCCGAGCCAGCAACAACCAAAAGGGUAGAUGAGAAAUGGCUGGAAUCUGAUUGGCUUGAACCCUGGAGCCUCCACCAUUACCACCGGUAUCAUGCCCUGAGAACAAGGCCCUUCCCUCCAUUAGCAUUUAAUGGGUUGGGGGGUCCAGACCCUUUGCCAUUCACUGGUAUCGCCUGAUAGGACAGAUCUUGACCGCACUUUGGUAUCUUGGCUGCUUACCGGUAGUUGUACGAGUAACAUUUUCUUCUUUCCUCGCCAUCUGGCGGGGUCUCGCCACUGAGAAGAACUUUACACCACAACCACCAUCACCACCACUUGUUCCUCCUCCUCCUCCUAUAUAAUGCUAUUAUUAUUGUCGUGAAUCAAGUUCAAUUAACCCCCAUCCCGUCACCACCACUUCUUAUGAGCACGUCUUGGUAAACACCGACAACAACACCACUACCACCCAGCACAAUAACGUUAUCAUACGGACCGAACAAUGGUAUUGGUAUGCAUCAAAAACCUCCUCUUCCCACAUUGGAAACCUACCACUUCACACACGUCUCCACCUCCUCUUCUCCCUACGCACACCAAAACCUACGGAACCUCCGACCCCUCCUGUCCGAAUCCCACAUGUCCCCUCCUCUCCCGGAACCCUUCCUACGAGUGCGCCUCCACCCUCACCGCCGACUCGCAAGGCGAACCAGAGCCGGAAAAGGAGUCCGCAGCAGGCGUCAUCGACCCGAGAGUUUUGUCCGAUCUUACGAUUGGUUUGUCCGAUGGAUUGACAGUCCCAUUCGCUCUUACGGCCGGGCUAUCCGCAUUUAACGAUACAAAGGUAGUCCUUUACGGUGGCAUCGCUGAGUUGAUUGCUGGAAGUAUAUCGAUGGGAUUGGGAGGGUGGUUGGCGGGUCGUGGCGAAGCUGAAUUCUACGAAAACACCCUAACUGCCACAAAAACUCUGAUAUCCACCCACCCAGCAUCGAUCCCGCCUCUCCUGCACUCGAUUUUCUCGCCCUACAACCUCCCACCGGAAUCGCUCUCUCCCAUAGUCCAGAGCCUGACUAAAUCCCCGCACCUCGCCCCCUUCAUAAUGCAAUUCCAUCACAAACUCCCCCCUCCAUCCGACCGUACCCCGCUGAGUUCCGCUUUGACAAUUGCUGCUGGAUACUUCUUUGGCGGGUUCAUCCCGCUUUUGCCAUAUUUCUUUGUCGGCAGGGGGAAGGUUCUGCUGGGGCUUGCGUGGAGCGUCGGCGUCAUGGCGGCGAGUUUGUUUGCCUUUGGGGUUGGAAAGACGGUUCUUGUCGGGGCCGGUAGCGAGGGGGUGGAAGCCCGGAGCGAGGGUGGAGAUGGGAGGGAGUGGAGAUGGGGGAAGGCGGUUAGGGGUGGAGUUGAGAUGGUGGUUGUGGGUGGGGUGGCCGCCGCCGCCGCGAUGGGGAUUGUGCAGGCUUUAGGGUAGGCGCUGGCUACUGGGUGGAGGGGGUGGAGCAAGGUUGCAUUAUUGUUAUUAUUGCUAUUACUGCCACCAUUACAACAUUCACAUUGCAAGUGCGUGGGGUCUCCGGCUUGUCAUGGGCUAUUGAAUUUUCAUUUUUCGUUCCCUCGUUUCUCGAAAUCACUCUCAUCAUUUAUUGGAUCUUCUGGGUUAGUUAGAUUUCUCUUAUGAUCAUACUACAGGUUUCUUACUUCCUUAGUUAGAGAAAAGGGGCCAAGAACUCUUACUAAAUCCGGG